CGGAAUUCGAUGCUACAGCUCAACUCUACUAAAGCAUAAUCCUCCUUCAAACAUGGCGACUGUUGAUGUUAGAGAAGACUCUUUCCCGUCGAGAUCCAGAGAGUUGUCGGGUCUCGUGAAUGGGGUCGCUACAAAGAUUACAUCCACCAGCUUCACCGACAAGAUCCUUCUCACUAUCUCCCAAGAAGGUCGACUUUCACAAUGGAUACAAGUUCCCUUAACAGGAUCAUCAUCUGGAGUUGUUGAGAUGAAUCUGCCCAGUUCAAACAAAGGCCUUCUUCCAUCAACACAUCUCACACCAACAACACUAUUUGGUGGAGGGGGUGAGGAGCGUGAGACUCUAGGACAGCUUUACGCAGCACAGAUUGCCAGCCAAAUUUGUCUAAGAUCGCCCGAUGACCGACGAAUACUAGUCCUUGGACUUGGACUUUCCAAAACAGACCUGGAGCGUGAGGCUUUCUUUGAUCUUUUGGAGCUUGUCCAGAAGGUAUUAUGAGUUUGGUGAAGAGGUAGCCCUUGAGAGACGUCAGCAAGAUAUGCCGUGGCCAUAAUAGUCUACCGCCAGUGUCCAGACAAGGGCUGAAACGGUUUACACCAAGGUUUAUCAAGAGAGUUUACUGGAGCUGCCAUCAUCAGACACAAAUCAUAAU